AACAUCCUAAAUAAGUCAAUUUAUGUGGAUGACACAACAACUUCCAAGUCUUUUGAUUCUGACAUCUCCACUCUGUCAUCUUCGCGGAAAAGGAAACAUGAAGAUGAAAUAAAUACAGACAAACUCGAUGAAGCGAUUGACAAAAUUGUCAACAUCAGUAAACCCACAGUUGAUGCUUUUAGUAUUUCGCAGACGCUUCGUGCCAUGCCCGAAGAAACUGCGUAUCUAACUAUGAAAGAAAUACAAGACUUAUUGUUCCAACGUAAAUUUAGUAAAGUGGAAAACAGUACGGAGUUUGAAAUAAGAGAAACAGGAUCGCCAGACACACAUGGUUCGGACAUACUCUACUUAGCAAUGCCAUAUGUAGAAAUAGAUCCACUGAUCAACGAGGAUUCGUUUUUGUAUUAAAAAUAAAUAAACAAACUAACACCCCUAUUCCGCAACUCGUUCGUAUUCGGAUUUUGCUACGAAUCGUAGAAAUAGUAUGCUGCAAUCCGAAUCGUAUUUUCGGACUUUCGAAAU